AUGGAAUCUGCGGAAAUAUUCCUUGUUGGCCAAUCUUAUCGUGCUCCUGAUCGUAUUGAUAAGCGGUUUUUGGACCCAAGACACGUCUUCGGGGAAGUAGAACAGGUCAAAAACAGGGCAGAGGUUGUUUCUUCUCUUUUGAAGGAGUGCAAGCGGAAAAGAAAAGCUGAGGGCUAUGCGGAGGGUGAUUCUUUGUAUCGUGAACUUCGCGUUUCUGAUUUUCUCCAUGCUAACGAUCCCCUGGAAACACUUGCGAAGACUAAUAAAAUUGUUUUUGAUUUAGACGAGGUUAAAUGUCAUCCAUUGACUACUGAUGCUAUAAAAGCUGACAUGGAAGAUAUCCAAGUUCUUGGGAAAGGUGAAAUAAGACAAAUUCUCAAAUGGCGGAAGAAAAUACUCGAAGCUUUGGAAGAUGAUUCCAGUCAUCAGGCCGAUUCCACUAAUCUUGAGAAAAAUUGUGCACCGCAGCGUGCACAGGAGGAGGAUACUGAUGAGGAUAAAGAUGAUGUGGAAAUCGAGGAAGAGGUUCAACGCCUGCUCCACGAAGAGGCGAAACAUCACAAGAAACGUCUCAAACGGGUUCGUAAAGCGAAGAUGAAGCUGGCCGAAAGAUUGGUUCUGAAAAUGGAGCAUCCUGGUGACCGUAUUGAGGAGAUUGAUGAGGAAUUGUUUUCGUUAUCCACAGUUCACGACUUGGUCGGUCUGGAAAAAGCAAAGAAGCUGUUUGGAGAUACCAGCCAAACCGGUGUGGACGCUUUGGUCCGAAAAGAAAAUACACUCGCGCUCAAAGAAUUGAGGAGCAAAUAUGAGAAUGAACAGCGCUCCGCAAUUGAGGGAAGUAAACGGGUCCACUUUGAACGUCGUGGUGAUGACGUGGACCCACCCGAGUACGCUGAUGAUGACAUAUCAGCUAAAAAAGACACUCGCGACGACUUGUAUCUUAGCUCAAACGAAGAGGAUGACGAUGAGGACGACGGUUUUUUUCGAGACGUUGAUCUCGAUCACGACAGAAUGGCUAAGCCAUCACAAACUCGAGUUAAGUUUAGUGAUUCAACGGACUCUCUUCGAAAAGAGAAACUCUCCCAACCCCAUCCGAAGAAAACACCCCGAGUGGAAGCGGGACAGAAUGCUCAGCCCAUUGCAAAGAAAACUACUUUACCAUUGCUGCCAGCGUUUACCAAACUUACACAACGUCGGAAUCCACUUUUAAUGGAUUUAGAUGACACUGCCGAAACAUUGAAACGUAAACGUAAGAUCCAGUCAUGGCUGGAAUCAGAUGAAAUGAAGGAUCUUUUGGAGCCAGUUACACUAGGCGACUCUUCGAAGGAGUCUUCCGAGUCUGAUUCAGAUGACAAGCUAGACUCGCUCCGGAAGAAGAAAAAGAAGAGGAAGCGCGUGGAAAGUAGUCAAGCCGAAAAGAUUGCACAGCCUCCUUCAACCGGACCGUCCCCAGGCGACUCUCAUCCCACCACAUGUGAUCCUUGCGGCCCGGAGUCACCUCAACCACCUACUCAACAACUGAAACGCUUGAGGCGCCCGCUCACCCCGGAAGAAAAAGCUCUGGCUUUGCGUCUUAUUCGGUCGGCCAAGUCUCGCCGCGAACUCAUCGAGUCUAACUACCAUCGGAUGCAGUUUUUCGAGGAUCCAUCGGAGCUACCUGAUUGGUUUGUGGACGAUGAACGUAAACACAUGCGGAAACCCUUACCGAUCACUAAGGAAGAGCUUGCAAUUGUUCGUCCAACCAUGGGUCGGUCUAUCAAGAAAGUCGAAGAGGCCAAACGUCGCAAAAAGGCUCGUAUGGACAAGCGUCUCAAGCGAAUUCGUCAGAAAGCCGAGGAUAUUCCGGACGAUGUCCCAGAAGCGGAAAAAUGGCAGCAGAUUAAGCAGAUGUACCAGAAGGCCAAUUUGCUGAAGAAGAAGCGUCGGCCACUUCACUUGAUUGUGAACACCAAAGCCGGUGCACGGAAUCCUGCUGCUAGGCCUCCUAAAGGUGCGAAGGUCAAGAUUGUGGACCGACGCAUGAAAUCAGACCUCCGUGCCUUGCAAAGAGGCUCAGGUAAAGGCCGGCGCGGGACCAACAAUAACAAGGGACGCCGUAAGAAACCAGUACAGUUGUUGGCGCAUAAACCACGACGAGGAGGACGCGUAAAGCGCCACAGGGCCUCUGGCCACUAG